CUCGUAUGAUUUCCUGAAUGGAUAGCAACUGAUAAAAUGUUGAAAUAUGUUUUUAAGUCCAAUCAGCUGUAUUUGUCUACGACGCUCAUAUUGAGGGGCUGUUUGGCCUAGCUUUCUUUGGCAUUAAAAGGCCUACUUUCAUGCCGCUGAGUAUAAUAAUUGGAUAACAUGCUUAAUUCAUUCAGUACAUGAUAUUAAGUAGUAAGUAAUGAUCAAAUAAGAUUGUUGACGGGAUCCAAGUAAUCGAUUUUUUCUUUUUUCACCAGGUGAUUGUGACUGAGAGAGCAGGACAAGCAUAUGAUAUGAUGUUAUCUAUAACAAAUAAGGAGCUUAACUCAUAUGAUGGUGUUAUAGCUGUUAGUGGUGAUGGAUUUUUCAAUGAAAUCCUUAAUGGGUUUCUUUCUCCCAGGCUUAAAGCUCCCUACCCACCAACUCCUCCAGGUUUUGUUCAUUUGGCUAAAGAUAAAGGCGAUUCCUUGGCUGCGGACGAAGAUGGAAUAUUUGAAAAGACUCCAAGUCAAAUUGAAGACCACCUUCCUCUGAUUUCAAGUCCAAACCAACCUCGGUCUAGAAUAUUGAAUCCUAAUUCGGAAGAUAAAGCUCCCGGGUUUCCUGUUCCUAAUGAAUGGUUUAGAUUUGGGAUCAUUCCCUCAGGUUCAACUGAUGCCAUUGUAAUCUGUACAACUGAAACCCGAGAUCCUAUAACUUCUGCAUUGCAUAUUGUACUUGGUAAAAGGGUGCACCUUGACAUAGCUCAAGUUGUACGAUGGAAAACAACUCCGAGAUCCGAGGUUGAACCUUUUGUGCGCUAUGCAGCUUCCUUUUCAGGGUAUGGAUUUUAUGGCGAUGUUAUCACAGAGAGCGAGAAGUAUCGCUGGAUGGGUCCCAAACGUUACGAUUAUGCUGGAACAAUGGUGUUUUUAAGACACAGGUCAUAUGAGGCAGAAAUAUCAUACCUAGAUGUUGAAUCAGAGGAUACCAUUCCAACUCCCAAAAGGAAUCGUGAUAGUAGCAUGUUAUGGGGAUUGAAAGCUCCACGCAGAUCAGAAAGAUGUAUCUGCCGUAUUAACUGCAAAGUUUGCAAUGAAACGCCAAAGAAUGCAGCCACUGAAAUUAGCAGCCUAACGCCUCAUUUAAAUUCAGAAACGGGAAAAUGGGUGAAAUCCAAAGGUCGGUUUAUUAGUGUUGGAGUUGCGGUAAUCUCUUGCAGAAAUGAAAAAGCUCCUGAUGGUUUGGUUGCCGAGGCACACCUUUCAGAUGGUUUCCUUAAUCUCAUAAUGAUUAAAGAAUGUCCUCACGCUUCUUAUUUAUGGCACCUGACUCAACUUACAAGAAGAGGGGGAAGCCCUUUGAAUUUCAAGUUUGUUGAACAUCACAAGGUUAGUUUUUUUCCAAUCCACGCCACCUUUUUCUAUUGCGAGCUUACUAAUUUUACUGAGCACUCGUAG